UCACUCCCUCUGCCAGGAGCAGGGCUCUCUUCCACCUGGAGAUCUCCUGCCGCGAGCCCGGCUCCGAGCUCACUCACCACUUGGUGCCUCCUCCAGCUGCCACUCUUCCUCCACCCCCACUGGAAUCAACUGUUCCCUGAUUACAAAAAGAAUACAAUGUCUAAUGGUUAUGAAGACCACAUGGCCGAAGACUGCAGGGAUGACAUUGGGAGAACGAAUCUAAUUGUCAACUACCUCCCUCAGAACAUGACGCAGGAUGAGCUACGAAGUCUGUUCAGCAGCAUUGGUGAAGUUGAGUCGGCGAAGCUAAUCCGGGACAAAGUAGCAGGACACAGCUUGGGCUAUGGCUUCGUGAACUACGUGACUGCAAAGGACGCAGAGAGAGCGAUCAACACCCUUAACGGCCUGAGGCUCCAGUCCAAAACCAUUAAGGUGUCGUACGCACGCCCGAGCUCAGAAGUCAUCAAAGAUGCCAACUUGUACAUCAGCGGGCUCCCGAGGACCAUGACCCAGAAGGAUGUGGAGGACAUGUUCUCUCGGUUCGGGCGAAUCAUCAACUCGCGGGUCCUUGUGGAUCAGACCACAGGUUUGUCCAGAGGGGUUGCGUUCAUCCGGUUUGACAAACGGUCGGAAGCAGAAGAGGCAAUUACCAGUUUCAAUGGUCAUAAACCCCCAGGUUCCUCUGAGCCCAUCACAGUGAAGUUCGCAGCCAACCCCAACCAGAACAAAAACGUGGCGCUCCUCUCACAGCUGUACCACUCGCCCGCGCGGCGCUUCGGGGGCCCCGUGCACCACCAGGCACAGAGGUUCAGGUUCUCCCCCAUGGGUGUAGAUCACAUGAGUGGGCUUUCUGGUGUCAAUGUCCCAGGAAACGCGUCUUCGGGCUGGUGCAUCUUCAUCUACAACCUCGGGCAAGACGCCGACGAGGGGAUCCUCUGGCAGAUGUUUGGCCCCUUUGGCGCCGUCACCAACGUGAAAGUGAUUCGCGACUUCAACACCAACAAGUGCAAAGGGUUUGGUUUUGUGACCAUGACAAACUAUGAAGAAGCUGCAAUGGCCAUAGCAAGUCUGAACGGCUACCGCCUGGGGGACAAAAUCUUACAGGUUUCCUUCAAAACCAACAAGUCCCACAAAUAACUCGCUCAUGCUUUUUUUUUUGUACGGAAUAGAUAAUUAAGAGUGAAGAAGUUGAAACUUUUUUGUUAGUGUACAACUCAUUUUGCGCCAAUUUUCACAAGUGUUUGUCUUAGUCUAAAUGAGAAGUGAAAACGUUUUUAUACUCUGGGAUGCAACCGACAUGUUCAAAUGUUUGAAAUCCCACAAUGUUAGACCAAUUUUAAGUUUCUUAAGUUAUUUCCUUUAAAAUAUAUAUUAAACAGAAACUUAAGUAGACUGCGUUGACUAACCAGUCCCUCUGGAUGGUGGUGAGACUGAAGCAUGCUUUACUGCUAAGACUGUCUAACACUCGUUUAUUCCAUGUCUCCACAAACUGGAUCAAAAGUGAUCUUUCAGUUUCAGUUUUACCUAAAGAUGUUAGACAAAUGCGAGUGUGCGUCUGCUCAGCUGCUUCAGCAUCUUAAGUGAUGUAUGCUUUGGUUGACAGGAAAUUGCUUUCCUGAGCAGGUCCCACUGCCACCUCCUGCUCACUGAGUCCCGGGCUCUGCCAAGGGGUUCUGGGCGUGGCAGUGGCCCCGUCCGGCGUGGGCCACCACCAGGGAGGAGGGGGCUGCACGCCGGGCUGGGCCAGGCCCUCCAGAGAAGGACACAGAGGUGUCCUGUCGCCCGGGCGCCCGUGGGAACGGACCAAAGAGUUUCAGGGAAACUCCAGUGUAUUCCAGUCGGCCCUGAGCUCCAGGCACUCCCGACGGCGAGUCGCUGCUCCGCCACCCCGAGUUUCUGUCCACACUUUGCAUGCAUGGUGCCCCA